CGCUCGCUUUAUUUUGCGUGCGGCCGCAGCGGCGCUACAGCUGAGGAGGACCGGGUCGGCGCGUUUGCGUCGGGUUCACUGUUGGAGUAUCGUCUUUAAGCUUUUAUACACCGACAGACGUUGCCGCUGGGUGAGCACACAAACGACUCUUGGUUGAUCUGGAUCGACUACAAUGCGAUUUUAUCCGCAAAACAGCAACGUAAACAUCGGCACCUGCUCCGGAGCCAUGCACAACAAAGACUGACCCAGCAUUGCGCUGUGCGCCAGCAAACGGAGACGUGCUACUCUACGAAACGUCCAAGAAAUUCAUUUAUUUAAAAACCUGCGCUUACAUACAGGAGGCUGGUCCUGGACCGCCAUACUGCAGGCCGAUCCGAUCUGAUUCGUGUCUGGAAGGUUUAAUUAUAGCAACACUUGCAUACGCGUCUUACUUGUCGCUCGGAUAUCCAAUAACGGACGAUAUUUCAGGGGUCGAGGAGGAAAAUAUCAGGCCUCCAUCAGCGAUUUAAUAAUCUGAUAAUUCAACGUUGCGCUCAGACCAGGUUGAUGGUUACCAUCAGCAGUCCUGCGUGUUCAAUGUUCCGUUAAAAAACAGAAUUAUGUGGGUCAGUCCCGAAGAUGUGUUACUGGCGGGCGCAUUGUGGAUCACUGAGAGAGCAAAUCCAUAUUUCAUUCUCCAGAAACGGAAGGGCCACGGGGAUGGAGGAGGAGGACUGGCGGGUUUGCUGGUUGGUACCCUGGAUGUUGUCUUGGACUCCAGUGCUCGUGUGGCCCCGUAUAGGAUCCUGUACCAGACUCCUGACUCUUUAGUUUACUGGACCAUUGCUCACGGAAGCUCCCGAAAAGAGAUCACAGAGCACUGGGAGUGGCUGGAACACAACCUGCUGCAGACUCUCUCCAUCUUUGAGAAUGAGAAUGAUAUUACCACCUUUGUCAAAGGAAAGGUCCAGGGGAUCAUCGCAGAGUACAACAAGAACCACGAUGUCAAAGAGGAUGACGACACCGACAAGUUCAAGGAAGCCAGCGCCAAGUUUCGUAAGCUGUUUGGGAUGCCGGAGGAGGAGAAGCUGGUCAACUAUUACUCCUGCAGCUACUGGAAGGGCAAAGUGCCCCGACAGGGAUGGCUGUACCUCAGCAUCAACCACCUGUGCUUCUACUCCUACUUACUAGGAAAAGAAGUCAAACUGGUGGUGCGUUGGGCAGAUAUCACCCAGCUGGAGAAGAGCGCCACCCUCCUGUUGCCCGACGUGAUCAAGGUGAGCACCCGCAUCAACGAGCACGUCUUCUCCGUCUUCCUCAACAUCAACGAGACUUUUAAACUGGCGGAGCAGCUGGCCAACAUCGCUAUGCGUCAGCUCCUGGACAACAAAGGCUUUGAGCAGGACCGCUCGCUGCCCAAGCUCAAGAAGAAAUCACCCAAGAAGGUGUCUGCACUCAAGAGGGAUUUGGAUGCCAGAGCUAAGAGUGAGCGUUACCGAGCACUCUUCCGUCUGCCCAAAGAUGAGAAACUGGACGGACACACGGACUGCACCCUGUGGACCCCAUUUAACAAGAUGCACAUCCUGGGUCAGAUGUUUGUUUCCACCAACUACAUCUGCUUUACCAGCAAGGAAGAAACGCUUUGUAGCCUCAUCAUCCCGCUACGAGAGGUGACCAUUGUGGAGAAGGCGGACAGCUCCAACGUGCUGCCCAGUCCGCUCUCCAUCAGCACCAAGAAUCGUAUGACCUUCCUGUUCGCUAACCUGAAGGACCGCGACUUCCUAGUCCAGAGAAUUUCUGACUUCCUGCAGCAGACCACCUCCAAGAUCUACAUCGAGAGGGAACUUACUGGCAGCCUAAACAGCUCAGACGAUGAGGUUUGCUCCCAGCAUGGAUCUCUGCUCUCCAGCAGUCCACAGCACAGUUUGGGCUCGGAAAGCGAGCGUACGUUCAACCUGAACGACAGCAGCGUGCCCACGGCCACACAAGCCCUCAUGACCAUGUAUCGCCGCCGCUCACCCGAGGAGUUCAACCCCAAGCUCGCGAAGGAGUUCCUGAAGGAGCAGGCAUGGAAGAACCACUUUGCAGAGUAUGGACAGGGUGUGUGUAUGUACCGCACUGAGAAAACGAAGGAGCUGGUCCUCAAGGGGAUUCCUGAGAGCAUGCGAGGAGAGCUAUGGCUGCUCUUCUCUGGGGCGAUUAACGAAAUGGCCACCCACCCCGGGUACUACGAGGACCUGGUGGAAAAGUCGAUGGGCAGGUACAACCUGGCAACAGAGGAGAUAGAGCGGGACCUGCACCGCUCUCUGCCCGAGCACCCGGCCUUUCAGAAUGAGAUGGGCAUCGCUGCCCUCCGCAGGGUCCUCACAGCCUACGCAUUCAGAAACCCCAACAUCGGAUACUGUCAGGCUAUGAAUAUUGUGACAUCUGUGUUGCUGCUCUACGCUAAAGAAGAAGAGGCUUUUUGGCUGCUUGUGGCGCUCUGUGAACGUAUGCUGCCUGACUACUACAACACUAGGGUUGUAGGAGCCCUCGUCGAUCAGGGCGUGUUUGAGGAACUCGCCCGCGAGUAUGUUCCCCAGCUGUACGACUGCAUGCAGGACCUUGGCGUCAUCUCCACUAUCUCGCUCUCCUGGUUCCUCACCCUCUUCCUGUCUGUCAUGCCGUUCGAGAGCGCCGUGGUGGUGGUGGACUGCUUCUUCUACGACGGCAUCAAGGUCAUCUUUCAGCUCGCACUCUCGGUGCUGCACGCCAACAUCCACCAGCUGCUGGGCUGCAAGGAUGACGGAGAGGCCAUGACCGUACUGGGCAGAUACUUGGACAGUGUGACCAAUAAGGACAGCACACUCCCUCCCAUCCCCCACCUGCACUCCCUACUGACAGACAAUGGAGAACCACAUCCAGAGGUCGACAUCUUUAAACUGGUCCGCAGCUCCUACGAGAAAUUUGGUUCAAUCCGAGCAGAUGUGAUUGAACAGAUGCGUUUCAAACAGAGACUGCGGGUGAUCCAAACCAUUGAAGACACAACUAAACGCAAUGUGGUGAGGACAAUUGUCACAGAGACCGCCUUCAGUAUCGACGAGUUGGAGGAGCUCUAUGUGCUCUUCAAGGCAGAGCACCUGACCAGCUGUUACUGGGGCGGCAGCAGCAACCCCACAGAGCGUCAUGAUCCCAGCCUGCCCUACCUGGAGCAGUACCGCAUCGACGUGGAGCAGUUCAAAGGCCUGUUCAAGCUGCUUUUCCCCUGGGCCAAUGGAGCCCACUCAGACCCCCUGGCUGUGCGCUUCUUCCGUCUUCUUGACCAAAACGGAGAUGCCCUCAUCAAUUUUCGGGAGUUCAUCAGUGGCCUGGGUGUUCUGUGUCAUGGGGACCUUACAGAGAAGCUGAAGCUCCUCUACAAGAUGCACGUCCUACCUGAAAUCACCCACGAGCAGGAGGAGCCAGACUCUGCUUUUGAGGCCACUCAGUACUUCUUUGAAGACAUAACUCCAGAAACAUCCAUUGGUCAUGACUCCAGGUGCAGAAGUGAGAGGGAUGAUGGCUUCGUUAGAGUUACAUUCAAGACUGAAAAAGUGAAGAAACUGAACACGCCUGAAUAUCGGCACUACCUAAAACUGUGGAAUGAGGAGACAAAACCUAAACGAGAAAACACAAAAGACCUCCCCAAGCUCAAUCAGAGCCAGUUUAUUGAGCUUUGCAAGACCCUGUACAGCAUGUUCAGUGAGGACGUUGCAGAACAGGAGCUCUAUCACGCCACAGCGACAGUCACCAGUCUGCUGCUGGAAAUGGGAGAGGUGGGAAAGCUCUUCUCCUCAUCGGGCAGGAAGGACCACAACGUGGAGGGUAAUCCAGAGCAGAGCAUGUGUAGGAGAGAUCCCAAAACCACCCAGGAGGUCGUAUCUGACAGCAUAUUCAAGCAGCGGGACCAGAGUGACGGCUUUGUCCCCGCAGGUCUGGAGAGCAAGCCGAGCCCCUGUGAGGAGGGGAAAGGGGACGAAGGGUCGGAGCAGCUGCCACCGAUGCAAGACAUCAAGCUGGAGGACUCGUCUCCUAAAGACACGGGCGUAUCAUCCGCCAUGCUCAUCUCGGAUGAUGAAACCAAAGAUGACACCUCAAUGUCAUCUUACUCGGUGCUCAGCGCAGGCUCCCAUGAGACAGAUGAAAAGCUGCAGUGCGAGGACAUUGCAGACGACACAGUGCUGGUGCGUAGCGACAGCUGCUCCAACGAGGGGAGAAGUAACCGGCCCCACGGCGGGGGACACAACGACAGAGGGCUGCCUCACAGCACCAGCAUCGAUAAAGACUGGGCCAUCACGUUUGAGCAGUUCCUCGCGUCUGUGCUCACCGAGCAGGCUCUGGUGCAUUACUUUGAGAAGCCAGUUGAGGUGGCGGCUCGUAUAACUAACGCUAAGAAUGUUCGUAAAGUUGGGCGCCCGCUGCUGUCAACAAGUGACUAUGAGAUCUCUCUGUCUGGCUGAGGGCCUUUUCUCAGUGAGAUUUCACUUUUAAAGAAAGUGACUUUUGUUCUUUCAAAAGGGAAACACGGUUGUCAGUCGUUGGCGUAAAAAUGUCUCAGUGAAUUUUAGAGGACAGUGAAGGUAAAUGUAAAAUGUAUGUGUAUGAUAGUGGAAUGAAUGUGACCAAAAACUGCUAUUAGGAAAGUAUUUUACCAGAUGUGAAAGACUUUUGUUAUAUCAAUCACUAGAUUCUGUCCAACUAAGAGGGAACAGGAUGUGAAUAUUAAGGUUUGCUCAUAUGAAAUCAGUGUGAACAUGUAGUUAGCUGUACUUUAUAAGGCAUAAUACAUAGGAGUUAACAUUGUAAUCUCUAGCACUUGUUAGGCAAUGUAGAUGUAAAUGUCCACAGAUACAUUACAGUUCUAAACCAAGAUAUUGAUAGUCUGCGUACAAUCACCUAACAUUAUAUCUGGUCAAACUACUGCUUCCUCACUUUUAUGGUGCCAUUUGCUGUUGAUCACAAAAUCUUAUUAGUUUGUCAUCGAAUGACAGUAUGGGAAAAGACAAAACAGAGCUGUGAAAAUUCAAAGAUAAAGUGAAUUUUCAUGCACUGUUGUGUAAACUCUUCUUAAGCUAAAGCAGUGUGUCACUAUUGUCUCUUUUAACACACCUCAUACUCUUAUCUAUGACUUCCUUGACAUUCACUCCCUAAAAUUCCUGCAGUAUGUCAAAUUACAAAACGAUGUAUACAGUAAUAACGAUUGCAACAGAAAAAUGAUACAAACACAUUUUGUUUUUUAACACAAAAGAGAACAACUCACACCUGAUUGUUAAGGAAUUCAAAGGAAGGUAAGUGUGCUAAAGUAGGAUUACACUAAACAAACAAAAAAAACCCACUUAAUUUAAUGACGAGCCUGCACUUUAUGUUUUUAACAUAAUGUGAUUCACUAAUAUGUGCUUUGCUUGCCAUUUGCGUAGCUGUUGUUGUCUGCACUCCCAAAUUAAAAUGCCUUUUCUUCCUUCUUUUGUUUACAUUUUAAUCUUUUUGCUCUGUACAUUUUUACACUGCUGUUUUCAAGUUGUUUUUAUGUAACUGUUUUUUUUAUUUUAAACGUCCAGGUGUUAUUACUCUGGAAUCUGAUGCAUUGUGUAUCAUCUGAUUAAAAAUUUGAGUAUGACUGACUCUCUGCUGCACAGUA